CGCAGAUCUUGAAAGGUCGUGAAGGACAAGUUGUCUGCUCUUUCUAUUUCUUGUGUUUAUAUUCGUUCCGCUUGUCUACUGAAUGUUUAUUUCUAGAACUCACUAAAAGAAACCGAAAAUGACCGAUCGCUACUCAAGAGCAGACACUGGAGCAAUGUUGUCCCCUGAUAAUGAUGAGAAUAAAAUCAAGCCUUUUCCCCAAAGUAGAGAAGGAAAGACUGUCCAGAGAGGUUCCUUCAGUGAUAAUAAAAAGAGUCGUGCCAUCGGAGUAUUCACAAGUGGAGGAGAUUCACAAGGUAUGAAUGCAGCUGUCCGUGCAGUGGUGCGCAUGGGCAUGUAUAUGGGUGCCAAAGUAUUUUUCAUUAAAGAAGGUUACCAAGGUAUGGUUGAUGGAGAUGAUUAUAUUGAAGAAGCAACCUGGGUUAGUGUUUCUGGAAUCAUACAUAAAGGUGGUACAGUCAUUGGAAGUGCUAGAUGUAAAGAAUUUAUUCAUCGCUCUGGCCGUCUGAAAGCAGCUGCAAACUUAGUAAAGCACAACAUUACAGAUUUAGUUGUCAUUGGAGGAGAUGGUAGUUUGACAGGUUCAAAUAUCUUUCGCCAAGAAUGGUCGUCUUUAUUAGAUGAAUUAGUUAAAACAGGUGUAAUUACAGCUGAAAAAAGGGCUGAGUGUGGACAUCUUAAUAUUGUCGGUAUGGUUGGCUCUAUUGAUAAUGACUUCUGUGGUACUGAUAUGACUAUAGGAACAGAUUCAGCUUUGCAUCGCAUUAUUGAAUCCAUUGAUGCCAUAGUAACAACAGCUUCUAGUCAUCAGAGAACAUUUAUAUUAGAAGUCAUGGGUCGUCACUGUGGCUAUUUAGCUCUUGUUGGAGCUUUAGCAAGUGAAGCUGACUUUGUUUUCAUCCCAGAAUGGCCUCCUGAGAGAGAAUGGCCUCAAACACUUUGUAGAAAACUUCAGCAGGAACGUGAUAAUGGUCAGAGAUUAAAUAUCAUUCUUGUUGCUGAAGGUGCACAGGAUAAAGAUGGCAAUCCUAUAUCUGCUGAGCAAGUUAAAAAAGUUAUUGAAGAUAAGUUACAGCAAGAUACACGUAUCACUGUUCUUGGGCAUGUGCAGCGAGGAGGCAGUCCUUCAGCAUUUGACCGUAUUUUAGGUUGCCGAAUGGGUGCUGAGGCUGUACAUGCUUUAUUAGAAGCUACACCUGAUUCUGAAGCAUGUGUUGUAUCUUUGGAUGGCAAUCAAGCAGUAAGAGUUCCUUUGAUGCAGUGUGUUGAAAAGACAAAAGCUGUUGGUUAUGCUAUGGAUAGUAAGCAGUGGGAAGAGGCAGUUAAACUUAGAGGACGGAGUUUUGAAAGAAAUUUGCAGACAUAUAAAAUGCUAACUAGAUUAAGACCUCCGAAGUCAGUUUUUGAUAAUUUGGGACAUGGAAAGAAGAAAGGGUAUACUCUAGCUGUAAUGCAUGUUGGAGCACCAUGUUGUGGAAUGAAUGCUGCUGUGAGAUCAUUUGUAAGGAAUUGCUUAUUCAGAGGUGACACUGUUUAUGGUAUUCAUGAUGGUAUAGAAGGUCUUAUCGAAGGAAAUAUUCAAACUAUGAACUGGAGUGAUGUGACAGGUUGGGUUGGACAAGGAGGUGCCUUUUUGGGUACUAAAAGAACGUUACCAGACCAAUAUAUGGAUCAAGUUGUUGAACAGCUUAAGAAGUUCCAUAUUCAAGCUCUAUUGGUUAUUGGUGGAUUUGAGGCAUUUCAUUCUGUGCUACAACUAGCAGAAGCACGAAAUAAAUUUCAAGAACUUCAAAUUCCUAUGUGUGUUAUUCCAGCUACAAUAAGUAACAAUGUUCCUGGAACUGACUUUUCACUUGGAGCUGACACAGCAAUCAAUGAAAUUACUGAGAUUUGUGACAGAAUUCGUCAGUCUGCUCAAGGUACAAAGCGUCGAGUAUUUGUUGUGGAGACAAUGGGAGGAUAUUGUGGAUAUUUGGCAACACUUGCUGGUUUAGCAGGGGGUGCUGAUGCAGCUUAUAUUUUUGAAGAACCUUUUUCAUCCAAAGAUUUAAUGGGUGAUGUAUUUCACAUGCAAUCUAAGAUGGCAGAAGGUGUGCAACGGGGGUUGGUUUUAAGGAAUGAAAAAGCCAAUGCAAAUUACACAACGGAUUUUAUUUACCGUUUGUAUUCAGAAGAAGGAAAGGAGAUAUUUUCCACUAGAAUGAACGUUCUUGGCCAUAUGCAGCAGGGUGGUAGCCCAUCACCUUUUGACCGUAAUUUUGGAACUAAAAUGGCAGCUAAAGCUACUGACUGGCUUCUGACACAGCUGAAACAGCAUAAAAAUACAGAUGGUUGUAUUUCAUGUACAAGUCCAGAUACAGCAGUAUUAAUGGGACUUGUUCGUAGACAAUAUUUAUUUACACCCGUGCAAACUUUGAAAGCUGAUACUGAUUUCAGACAUAGAAUUCCAAAGCAUCAGUGGUGGCUGAAGUUAAGACCACUUCUUCGCAUUCUUGCUAAGCAUGACUCCUCAUAUGAAACAGAGAGUAUCCAUUGUGCUUCAAUGCCUGAGGAAGACUGAUCUUGGAAAUUUAUAGACAUGUCUUUUGCUUCCUUCUUUAUAAAACAUAAUGCAAUUGUUUUGAAUUUGAGAUUCUUUACAUGUGUAUCUUACUAAAAUAUUAAAAUUUUUCUAUUGUUACUGUAAUUUAUAAAAUUAAAAAUAAUUAUUAAUUAAUUAUUAAUUAAUAAUUAAUUUUUAGAGAAUUUGAGAAGUGUAUGUUAAAUUGUAGUUUUACAGGCUUAAUUUGAUGAAUCUUUCAAAGUUAUUUAUUUCAUCUUAUUGUACACAAAAUAUGCCAUUGUUUUUGAAAUCUUGUUACCAGUGAUUUUCUAAAUGAACUAAUCCCCCCCCUGAGAAAUUCAUUAUAAUGUGACUUUUAAAUUAUGAAAUACCUGAUACACUUUUUUUAUUGGUUUAUUCUGUGUUGUGUAGAAGAGAGACAUGCAUUCCUAAGAUAAGCAUUUAAUUUUUGUCAAAAUGGUCGAUAUCAUUCAUUCUCAUUUUUACAAUAUAAAAUUUUAAAAAUGUAUUUGUAUAUUACAUUUAUUAUCAAUAAUACACUUGUACUCUGUUGUAUAUCUUUAUUCUUAUUUUUAUGUAUUGUAAGGCUGUAAUAUGAAUUCUUUACUUGAGAAAGCUCUUUGCUCUUUUAUACAGGAAGUUUAAAAGAAAUAUAAUCUAAAUUAUUUUGUAUCACUUCUGUAAUUUCAUAUUUAACAGCAGUCUAAGUUGCUGUUUAUAUUUAGCCAUUAUAAAUUUUAUAUUAAUGUAAGAACUUCUGAUAUUUAUGUAUUUGGUUCAUUUGUUACUACUAUUUUAAAGUAAGAACUUCCUGUUACCAUUUCAAAUUAAAAUUAACCAUAUAGCUUCGUUUAAAUAAUUUAAUGCUUUCUGUUAGACUUGCAUUCAUAGUUGUUUUAUUUUUCUGCUAAAAAUUCAAAAUCUGAUGUAAAAUGUUUAAUGGGACAAACUAACAAAUUUCUCAUAUUUUUAUUGAUAAUUGUACUGGAGAGGAGAAGCUGCUCAGAAUGCAUAUUUGGCAAUUUUACUAAGACUGAACUACUGUGUGUAUAUGUAUUUCCUAAAGCCCUAGCAUUUUUGCAUAAAUUUUUAUAAAUUUGUGUUUCCUGUUCCUGAAUAUUAGACUGCAAUUUUAUACAGUCUUUUAUAUAUAAAAAUCGUUAUUUUGCUAGUCAUGUAGAGGUUUUAUGUAUUAUAAUUAUGGAUAAUGUUUUACAGUUAAUCUUGAGUAUUAUCAAGUGGGCCAAAAGCUGGAAUAUUUUAAGUAUUUUUUCAUAAUAUUCUAUGCCAAACAGUAGAUCUUGAAUAGUUGCUGGAGGAAAAAAUUAUGAAGUAUGAUUUUGUCAUGGUAACAUAUUUUAAAUUCUAAAAUAAGGAAAUAAAUAUAAUUUUAGUUGGUGAUGAUUUGCGGGUUAUUGUAAUUGCCAAGUAGGUGAAGGAAAUUCUGUUAGUUCAUUCUUGCUAGGAAAUUUAAACACUGUUUGCAAUGCAUAAAGCAUGAAGAUUUUGCAUUUGUAAACAUGAUUUGAACUUGACAUACCCUAAAAGCCACUCUUUGUGGAAAUGCCAUUAGAUAAAAGAGCAGUCAAUGAAGAAUGUGUUUAAAUUAUCUCCAUAAAUGUUAGAAAAAAGGAAUCACUUUUAUGGAAAACCUUUAUUAUCCAUAUUCUUACAAAUUAAAAUUCUAAUGUUUAAUUAUUAAAUUUAAUUUUUACCUGAUCAUGAUUGAAUUUCUUCAAAAGCAUUUGCAGUGGUAAUUAUGUGUAGGUUUGUACAGUUUUCUUUAUCUGAAAGGUAGGCUUGUCUUUCAUCAUACUCAUUUAUAAAUGCAUUUAUACAACUGUUAUGUUUGAGCCAUUUCUUUUUCUUUCUCUAAAAUUUGUUUAUUUUUCUAUUCACUUCAUUUAUGUUUGAGAGAAAUAUUUCUUGGUAGCUUUUGUAAACCUUUAUAGGUACUGCAGUAAAUUAUUUGUUACAAUAAAAUUUAAUUUAUAUAUGUUUUA